CCAUUUCGUUCAAAUUACAGAUUUUUUUAUUAAAGGUAUAGUCGGAGGGGAAAGAAACCCUUUUGAGUUUAUAUUUAUCGAAGAAUGUGUAAUUUAAAUCAAGUGUGCGGCGGUUUGCAGAAAUGCCACUAUUCAUGCUGUCGUCAAAAAAUGCAUAAUUGCUUUGGCAAAAGAUAUAAGCCUUGCUGUUGUUGUGGGGAUAAAUUAUUGGAUAUCGAUGGUACGGAGCAAGAAGCAUAUCCUCCCCUAAACUGGGUAUUAAAGUGUCCACUUUUACAAAAAACACCAAAUGCACCAAAGAUGGGUGGUAAUAGGAAUUCGGAGUAUAUAAAAAAUGUUGCAAAAAAGAGACAAGUUGGGAAAGUAGCUCCGCAAAUGAAUUCAACUGGUAAAAAGAUUUCUAAAGUGAGUCCAAAAACAAGUAGUUCUUUAAUGAAUCAGGACAGCCAAAGAAAUAAGGGAUCGUGCUUACGUUCCAAUUCUAAGGAAGAAAAACUAUUAUCCAGCUCAAGAUUAUGUGCCUGUACAUCACGAAAAGCAAAUUCAUUUAAACCUGUGCAAAAGAACCAGAAGCCUUUGGAGGAAAAGGCUACGAAAAGAAAGUGUCGUAAACAAAAGCCGGAACAAAUGGAAAAUCGAAGAAGUUUGUUAAAAUCAAAACAGAAAAACAAAAAAAAUAUAAGUAGUAAAAUGAUUACAAGAUCAACUGGCGGAGAUGCAGAUGCAGAUGGUAUUUGGUUCGAUUGCAAUUUACCUUUUCGAGUGAAUAUUCCGUUGCCUAUUAAUAUGAAUAGUCUCUUUGGCAGCCGGUCAUUUUCUAGCAAAGCUAACUCUGAGAACUGUAGAGCUCUAGUCCCUGCAGGAAAUAUCCAGGAGGAUAGAAAGUUAGAACUUCCUUGGCUCUUUGAUUUCACAUUGACGCAAGCUUACCAACCGCCAACUUUAGAAUCUAAUUCUUUAUCCAGUAAAUCAAUAACUUUUACGAGAAAAAAAAGGACUUAGGCGAGCUAAAAAAUCUUGUCCAUGCGAAAUAUCCACUCAAACAAUUGAAGAAGAAUCCGAUCCCGUCUUAAGUUGUCUGGAGCAAAUUAGAAGUCAAUUGGCCGA